AUGGGUCGGUCUCGCGAUGGACUCAAGUUGCUUUCUCUCCACUACGACGAUGAUAUGCAGACCGAGAAGCGAAUUCAAGAGAUUGAAGACAAUGUGGCUAGAAUCGCCAUCGCUGUGCAGAAGAAUGUCGCUUCACGUCACAAAGACAAGGCUUACAUCACAGAGCUUCGGUCUCUCUGUGUCCAGCAGCUUGGCAAUGUCCCAGAGUGCCUCCGACGUCUUGCUGGUGCCGACUUGACGCCUCUAAGUUCUCUGUGCUGA